ACAGAAAGUGUGACUGUUGUAGUGAGAAAGUGAAUAAGAGAGAUAGAGAGAGAAAAAGAGAGAAUGAAAAUAAGUGAUAUUUUCUGUUCUUCUCCGGCAUCAACCGCCGUACGACCAACUACACUUCACCACGACGGAGAAGUCACCGGAGGUCGUAGAUCCGUCGAAAGCCACCGCCGGAGACAAAACCCUAAUAACAAUAAGAACAAAACCGUCCCAUGUUUCACUUCAGAAAUGCCUUUUAUUCCUAUUCCUCGUCCGACCAUGAGCUGCAGAAACUCUUUUGAGUCGUCAAGUGGGUUUCGCCGGAAGAUCACUUCACCUCACGGCGGCGACUUUCAACUUCGCCGGAAAAGCUCAGCUGACGUAAGCGACUUGAAAAGAUCGAGCAGUUCUCUGCAUGGCUCAUUAUCGUCGAGGUAUCUUCUAAAGGAUCAUAAGUCUUUUAAAGAAGGUGAUAAGGACCUCUGGUUAUCAUCAUCGGAUCGUUCUAAGGAUUUGGUCAUUUUCCGUGACCGCAACGUCACUUCUUCUUCUUCUUCUUCUUCCUCGUCCUCGUCUUCCUCGUCUUCUGUAACCAACGUUUCAUCGCCGGCUCCAUCCACUGAUGAUCAGGUUGUGGUUUUGAGGGUGUCGAUCCAUUGCAAGGGAUGUGAAGGGAAGGUUAGAAAGCAUAUCUCCAAAAUGGAAGGGGUGACGUCAUACACCAUUGAUAUAGCGACAAAGAAGGUGACGGUGGUCGGAAAAGUAACACCUUUGGGAGUAGUAGAAAGCAUCUCCAAGGUCAAAUCUGCUCAGCUUUGGCCUUCUUCUACUUCUUCUCCUUCAUUUCCUCACAUUCCUAAUCAUUCCCUCCUCAAAUCUUAGUUUUUUUUUUUCUUUUGUAAUUGAGUCUAAAAGAUAUGGUUAUUUGACAUUUGUCAUGUCGUACUAGUACCAAUGUAAUAAUAAGAUUUAUGGUGAUGUAAUAGUUUACAUACAUAUGUUUGAAACAUGUGGCUUUUAUUUUAAGACAUUUAAUCAACUUUCAUUUUCUUAAUGAAA